GUGCGACUGCAAUUGCGCAGAGGCUUGUAGAUCGGACACUCAGUUCCAUUCCGAGUUCUCCAUCUUUCUGGCCAGAUAGUUUCCGAAAUGUCUCUCCUUUCAGCACGUUUGGCCGCCUCCGUGGCCAGAAAUUUGCCCAGCACUGCCUCCAAGGUUGUUGCUGCCGCCGCUCCAGCUGUCACUGCUGCAGUCCGCAAGAUCCAUGUCACCCCAAACAAACGCGGUGCUGAGAUCAGCACCAUCUUGGAGGAGCGCAUUUUGGGCGCCGCUCCAAAGGCUGACUUGGACGAAACCGGUCGUGUCUUGAGCAUUGGUGACGGUAUUGCUCGUGUAUAUGGAUUGAAGAACAUCCAAGCCGAUGAGAUGGUGGAAUUCUCCUCCGGUCUCAAGGGUAUGGCCCUUAACUUGGAAGCCGAUAACGUCGGUGUCGUCGUCUUCGGUAACGAUAAAUUGAUCAAGGAAGGAGACAUCGUCAAGCGUACCGGCGCCAUCGUCGAUGUGCCAGUUGGUGAUGAAAUUUUGGGCCGCGUAGUAGAUGCUUUGGGUAACGCCAUCGACGGUAAAGGACCAAUCAACACCAAGCAACGUUUCCGUGUCGGUAUCAAGGCCCCAGGUAUCAUUCCCCGUGUCUCUGUCAGGGAGCCCAUGCAGACCGGUAUUAAGGCCGUCGAUUCGUUGGUGCCAAUUGGCCGUGGUCAGCGUGAGUUGAUCAUUGGUGAUCGUCAAACCGGUAAGACCGCUUUGGCCAUCGACACCAUCAUCAACCAAAAGCGUUUCAACGACGCCGACGAUGAAAAGAAGAAGCUGUACUGCAUCUACGUCGCCAUCGGCCAGAAGAGAUCCACCGUCGCUCAAAUCUUGAAGCGUUUGACCGACUCCGGUGCCAUGAAAUACACCAUCAUCGUGUCUGCCACCGCCUCCGAUGCUGCCCCAUUGCAAUACUUGGCCCCAUACUCUGGCUGCGCCAUGGGCGAAUACUUCCGUGACAACGGCAAGCACGCUCUCAUCAUCUACGACGAUUUGUCCAAGCAAGCCGUCGCUUACCGUCAAAUGUCCUUGCUGUUGCGUCGUCCACCAGGUCGUGAAGCUUACCCCGGUGAUGUGUUCUACCUUCACUCCCGUCUUUUGGAGCGUGCCGCCAAGAUGUCUGACGCCCUUGGUGGUGGUUCCCUGACUGCCUUGCCAGUCAUUGAGACCCAAGCCGGUGAUGUAUCCGCUUACAUUCCCACCAACGUAAUUUCCAUUACCGAUGGACAAAUCUUCUUGGAAACCGAAUUGUUCUACAAGGGUAUCCGCCCAGCCAUCAACGUCGGUCUGUCCGUAUCCCGUGUCGGAUCCGCUGCCCAAACCAAGGCCAUGAAACAAGUCGCUGGUUCGAUGAAAUUGGAGUUGGCCCAAUACCGUGAAGUAGCCGCCUUCGCCCAAUUCGGUUCCGAUUUGGAUGCCGCCACUCAGCAACUCUUGAACCGUGGUGUUCGUCUUACUGAAUUGCUUAAGCAAGGCCAAUACGUCCCAAUGGCCAUCGAGGAGCAAGUCGCCAUCAUCUACUGCGGUGUCCGCGGUCACUUGGACAAGGUCGAUCCCAGCAAGAUCACUGAAUUCGAAAAGGAAUUCUCCAACCACAUCAAGACCAGCCACCAGACUUUGUUGAGCACCAUUGCCAAGGAAGGCCAAAUUUCAGAAACAUCUGAUGCCCAAUUGAAGAAGAUCGUGCAAGACUUCAUCGCCACUUUCUCCGCUUAAAUCUAAUUAAAAACUACAUUCUUUUUUUUAAGUGGAACGUAUUUUCAACCGACGUACGAAAUGUAACAUUUAGUGAAUUAAUGUUUUUUUCUUCUAAUUAAUGGCAUUUUGGCGUCGGUUGGAAAUCACUUAGGUGCCAGGAUAGUAAACAGUGGAGACAUUUCUAUAAGAACGAACAUUCGACAUUUAAUUUG